AUGCUCCAAUCAUCCAGCGAGCCGCCCACCACACUUUCCAGCCCGUUAGUCCAGUCGCCAGUCGAGUUCAACACAGCGUUGGCCAAACAAGUGGGCCUCAGCGUCGUCGCUCUCCGCCACGACGCCGAGUUAAACACGCACUCGCUAAUCGCAGACGAGCACCGCCAAUCCAGCAUCUCGGAGACGGUGGGGAACUCCGGCGAGGCCCUUUCCAAUGACGUUGAGGAGUCACAGGAAAUGGCGGCAGAGGGUGGCACUCAUUAUAGUUCUCUGUCGGGGAAGGUGGAGCAACCCCUCACGGGCAGUGAGCUUGUCCCAGUCUCCCUCAUCGAUUCGGUCAGCAGCGGCGACCGAAGCGGCGAGGCCGUGGACGAUAGCAUACCUAGCGCGCUGAGCGAGGUCGCCGUGGUGAGGCAUGACACCGCAAGCGAGACGAAGAAGCCGCCGAAGAGUAGGGCAAGGAAGGAUCGUGCUCCUAAGUUGGCUGACAAGUCUGUACACGCGGAGGUGUCCGAAGGACGGAUGAGCACACGUCGCCGUGUGCAUGCGCCCUUGAAGGCUCACGGAUUCGAUCCGGUAAUGACGUUGCAGGAACGUGCACACGCCGAACGACUCCGAGCUGCUCGAGAAGAUGCCGUCGUUACAGUCACGGCUCCCAAGGCACCCCCAAAGCGCAAAGCUAACGCGGGUGGAAAUGGGUUCGUUGUCAUUCACUACCGUGCCGGAGCAGCUAACUAA